AUGGAAAGGGUAAGCACCGUGCUUGAUGAAUACAGUAGUGAAUAUUCAGAGAUCUGGGAAGGCCUCCUAGAUGAGGAUCUAGAUAAUUUAGAUAAGUUAUACCCUGGCUAUAGGGAAAUGGAACCUGAAGCUAUGGACUCUGAAAUCGAAAUUCUACGGGGUCAGGCAAUGGAAACAGAAGACUCGGAGGAGAACAGAGAUAUUCAGAUGGAACUUGAAUAUGUCAGACGACUUAGGAAAAUUAAGGUCUGGAAGAGGUUGGAAACCGAGGUCUACCUGGACGCAACCCACGGAACUCUGAAGGAAGAGGUAAAAACCCUAGUUGUACUUAAGAGAAUAGCUAAGGCUGGAUCCAAAAGGAACGACUACUCAGAAAGAAUAGACAGGAUGAAGGAAAUUAUAAAAAACUUAGGUUUCGAUCCUAAUGAGCCUGAGAAGGAGUUAGAAGUGGAGGAAUAAGAACGCAGCAAAGAAGGAGGAAGAGGACCGGAGAAAGGCAGCUGAGGCGGAACGCAAGAGGAUCGCAGAAGAAGCUGAGUUGGAGCGCAAGAAGGAUGCAGAAGCUGAGAUCGAAAGACAACUGGAAGCCUCGAAAGAUGAUAAGGAGAAAACAGAGUAUUGGAGAGAAAAGCUUGAAGAAUGGGAAAAAGAAAAGAAUAAACCUGAGGAACCUGAGAAGCCUAAGCCUAAGAAACCUGAACCUGAGAAACCGGAGGAACCUAAAAAGCCUAAACCCAAAAAACCUAAGAAACCUAAACCUAAGGAACCGGAGAAGGUAGACAUAGACGAUAAGUCCGAGGAGCCUGUAGGUCCUGACCCUGAAUGGGUAGACAAUACUUACAACUUUGAGAGUCUUCUAUUCCAAGUCGCAGAGGAUAGCAUCCCAGAAGACGAUCAACCUAUAUUCAGUGGAGACAGCACGGAAACAAUAGUGAAGGAUGUUAGAAAAGAUUUAACGAGAUAUGAAAGAUUCAAAUCUUGGGUUGAAGACAACUUCGGAGUUGUGAUUGCGGGUAUUAUGAUAUCAAUUGCUGCUCUCCUCACAGCUGUCAUUAUACAGACCAGGAAACUUUCCUCAAAAGCAGCAAACUUUUCAAAUAAAGGUUCAGGUUCAGAUUCACAACCGAGACCACUCCCCGAUAUAGCAGACAAACUGAUUGAAUUCAUAUCAUCAAACUUCUGGAAAAUAGCAAUAGUUGUAGGAAUAGCCUUAUACUUUUACCACUAA